AAUAUUCAUUUUUCUUCUUUGAAGAGGCCUACUUUUCCUUUAUUUUUCCCAUUAAACAUUAAAGAUUUUCAUACAAAAUAUACCAGUGUAGCUUUUAGUUGAUAAUGUCCUUGUUUAUGCUAUGUUAAAUUCCUUUAAUGAAUUCUCAAAUGUACCUAAAUGCUGUUUGCUCCAGUUCUAAUUGCAGAAAGUGAAAAGGCUAAAUGGCACUCAUCUGCAGAAACUAAAAAUCCAGAGUGUCUGCUGCUUUCAGGCAGUUACCACACUGAAUACUCUGCUGGUUUAGAGCAUGACAGAUCUGAAACCCAAAGGAGCAAGAACAUGUACUAGUUUCUUUUCUUUGCCUUAAUUGCAGUUAUGCUCCCAACUUGAGGAAUUUGUGUUCAAUUUAGGCUCUUUCUGAAUAUAAAUUGGAUAGAGUCAAAGGAAGAGAAUGAAGAAGGUGGUUUCAGAGCAGAAUUGUCUGAGGAGGAUCUGGAGAUGGGAGUAUUCUCCAUUGGCUCCCUGGUUAAGCUGCAGUUUCUGGACCUGAGUGACAAUGCCCUGGAGAUCGUGUGCCCAGAGAUCGGCCGCCUGAGGUCCCUGCGGCACCUUCGCCUGGCAAACAACCAGCUGAAAUACCUCCCUGCAGAGGUUGGAGACCUGCGGGAGCUGCAGACCCUGGACAUCUCCACCAACCGCCUGAUGACGCUACCCGAGAGGCUGCACAUGUGCCUUUCUCUGCAGUACCUGACUGCAGACAGGAACCACCUGUGGUCUGUGCCCCGCCACCUGUGCCAGCUGCCCAGCCUCAACGAGCUCUCCAUGGCUGGCAACCGCCUGGCAUUCCUGCCCCUCGAUUUAGGUCGCUCUCGAGAGCUCCAAUAUGUUUAUGUGGAUAACAACAUUCACCUGAAAGGCCUCCCAUCCUAUCUGUAUAAUAAAGUCAUUGGUUGUAGUGGUUGUGGUUCUCCAAUUCAAGUUUCAGAGGUGAAACUGCUCUCUUUUUCAUCAGGCCAGUUAACUGUGUUCCUGCCAGCAGAGGUGAAAUCUAUAGGGACAGAAACUGAUCAUGUCCUGCCUUUGCAAGAACUGGCCAUGAGGACCCUCUAUAACACCUACUACAGGUUUUUGAAAGAUUUAAACUUUCUGACUCCAAUCUCACUACCCAAAAGCCUCUUGGAAUUGCUGCACUGUCCCUUGGGACACUGCCACCGCUGCAGCCAGCCUAUGUUUACCAUUGUCUACCCAAAGCUCUUUCCCUUGAGGGAAACUCCAAUGGCAGGAUUGCAUCAAGGGAGGACAACUGUUAGUUUUGUGGCAUACUGCUGUUCCACCCAGUGUCUGCAGACUUUUGACCUACUGAGUUGAUAAACAUUUCAACCUCCUCAGGAGUGCUGCCAGUGUAAAGCUGCAUUUGACGCCGUGUCCCCGUGGUACUGGAAUACCGUGUGUGCUUGUGCCAAAGCAGCAGAAGUGCCCAGUCAGGAACACUCUGAGGCACUUAAAUCCUGCCCUAUCAAAUCUGGAUGAACUGCAGGAACUUUUCAGAAGUGUAAAUACUGAGCUUUUAAAAGUAUUAAUUUCUCUCUCCUCUAAGGCAACACACAAACCAAACACAUUCACAAGCUCUGACUUCAGGAUUUCCAAUAUUUUUCAAAUGUGACUGAUUUCAGGUUGACCCAUUGCAUCAUUUGAGGCAGUUGCAUUCCUCUACAUGGAAAAAAAAGUUCAGUUGUAGCAAACAAAUUUUCACUUAUUCAUCCCUAUCUUCUUCCUCUGUACAGCUGGAAUCAGGUGUAUUGCUGUAAACCUGCAAAAACCUUUGAUGGAUCCCUCUGACUUUUCCAUAGAAUUCAGCCUUAUUUUCUCCCUCUCAUCUUAAUGUUUACUGCAGCAGAAUUAUCCCAGUUGUAUACCAAGACUUUGACAGUUCUCUGUGGUAUUUAAAUCCGCAUGCUAAAAGCAGAUCUUACUUUCUAGUAUCAUUAAAUACCACAGUUAUUUAAUGGGAGUAACUAGGAUAUGUCUGGAGACUGAAGAUCCUGUUCCAGUGAAGGCUGGUACUGAUGCCUACACUAAGGGCUCUUGAUCCAGCAUGUUUGAGGGUGUGUUGUCUUUAUUUUCAUUGCUUUAUUUUUAGAAAUAGUUCUCCUUUUGUUCCAUGGAAUUCUUCAGGAAGAAGACAACUUUAAGUAUCAAUUUCCCUUGGAAAAAAUCCAACUAGUAAUAUGAUAGUAAAUCUUUAUUGUAUUUUUACAGUUGCAGGCUAUAGAUCUGCAAAGAGCUGGUCUUGAUCUUUUUCUAGAUUCAGCAUUUGGCUGAUUUGUCCAAGUGUGUCAGUGGAUUGUGUGCCUUGGAGAAGGCUGGAAAUCCAGGAGCAGGUGUGUAUCUCCAUGCACGGGUAUAUUCGCACACAGAUACGGGCACAGAAGGGCUGGGACAUUUGUUUUUAUACAUUAAUGGCAGAUUUGGUACAAAUUGCCACUCACUAUUGUAUUUGUGGGAAUCUUUUUUUUGUUACAUCUUGUUUAUUUUAAAUAAAGAACAAAGGAUGGAAAAAAGGCCCAAAAUGCCUACGUGACUAAAGAUUUUUAUUUUAUACCGAAACAGUUUAUAGAUGAUCAGCUCCUUUUGAUUUGUUUUUGAAUAUAUAAUAUUUUUUUAAAUAUAAUUUGUUCUUUUUUUUUUUCAGUUUCUAUUUCUUAGGCAUAAACCACUUGUUGAUUUAGCACAGUGUGCUGCUCUGUGCAGUAGGUAGUUACAAGCUGAAAUAGAUAUGAAUGAAACAGUUUGUUAUAAAAAUGGCAAGAUAAAGAGACUUAUUUGGUAGUGUAUUAGCAUAUGUUGUGGUAAGGUGUGCGUACUUUGAAGGCAGGAGGCAUUAAAAUGUUUUCCUGUUGCCAAAGAAGCAUUUGUUCCCUCUGCAGGCUUCCUGGCAUCUUUUCAAUAAAUAGAGUAUCUUAAGAGUUUAAAAGAGCACCAAAAAGGCAGUUUUGAGGUGGAAUUUUUAGGUUGUGCAUGUUACUUGUAAAAAUGUUUCCUGGUUUUAUUGGGUUGGUAUUAUUAGAGAGUUGAAUUAGCAUUAAGAAAUGUAGAACUUAAUCAUUCAGGAAUGCAAGUAUCAUCUACUCCUUAAAAAUUGUGAAACUUUCUAAAAUAAAUCCCAUUUAUUAAAUCUGCUUUGCAGUAGGGGAAAGAGCCAUGUCCAAGCAGCCUUGGUGCUUUUGAAUUUCUGUCUGUGUUGUUUCCCAGGUUUGUUUCCACGUUGGAAUCCCAGCAGGCCCAGCCACCUCACAGGGUUCACUGCUGAGGCAGCAAAAUCCACCUUCAGCUUCAUCCUUUUCCUUCAGUACCUCAGAGCUGAGGUGUAAACUGCCCAUGUACAAUUAUAUCUCUGUCAGAAAUGUGCAAGUGUAGGACAGAAUCCACUUUUUUAAAAACAGAUGAUAAAAGCUAUGGUAGUGUUACAGAUGUUAAUUUUAUACAAUACUCCGAUCAGGAAUUUUUAGUAUUGAUUUUUACUGUGGCUUCCUCUGUCUUUGAAGAAGAUGUUUUCUUGGAAGUUUUUGUCCUCUUUUUAUAGCAAGUUGUAGACUUGAAAUCACAGUUUAUAUCUGAAUUAAGUCUGUAAAUACUAUUUUGGAGUUAAAUCUGGCUGUGAUCACCUAAAAGACAUUAGCAUUUGUUUUAUUAGGAGUCAAGAAGAGUGAAGCUUGAUUUUAUUAUUAUAACUUUUUUUUUCUUCCCAUAAUCUAAUUGUUUCUUAUUGAGUCUGCACCAGUAUCUUUAUUGUCUCCAAGUGCAGUUCAGAAGAAAUUUAGCCUGUUCUAUAAGCAGGACGAAUCUUAACACUUUCAUAGAUGAUAUUUCAAGAAUGGAAUGUUCAAUAAAUAAAUGACUUAAACAUGCAA